ACGAGUCUGACCGAGAAGGAAUGAUGGGCAGUUCCUCUGUGAACUUGACAUCAUCAGGCUCGGCAGGCACCGAUCCGUCACCAAUGUUGCAGCAUGUUUCGCCUUCGACAGGACGAAGCGGAUACUACGCGGUAGGCCCGGGCGUUCGUCUUUUGCAGUCCGCACAAAAAGAACAAAGGACGAGCCAGCAACUGGAAAUGAAGCCUUCCACUUUACCUAUGGGCUACACGAGAUCGAAUUCGUCUCCUACAACAGGAGGUCUGGGGCUAGAUGAGUUUCUGGAGGGCGAUGGUCACUCCCAUCAGGAUCAUACAACAAACUACAAUAAUCAAGAAUACGACGGACACGGAGUUGGAGUUGCGAUAACUUCUACGAGGAAUGGUGGUCGUGUGUUGACCUCCUCUUUUUCGCGUGCAAUAAGAAGUCCAACGCUGGAUGAGGCUGAAGAUCAGUAUCCCAAGAUGAUCUCCAUCUCGAAUGAUAGUACUAGAAGCCCCAACAAGAAUCGCAGGACUAGUGCCAGUCCUCCUUUUUCAUCAAGCAAGAACAGUCCUCCUUUUUCAUCCAGUAAGAACGCGGCUGUGCCAGCACCACGAAUAGGAAUGAUACGUCAACUUCACCAUGAUGAUAACCAGCUGGACGAGGUGGAAAACUUCGAAAGCGAGAGGCCUGUUGACCUCGUUGGCCGGUUUUUCUACGACAUGGACCCUAGCCCGAGCGACGACAACCUAGCAAGAGCACAUUUAGCUUCAAGCGGACGGGGAGGAGAUCAGAAGUCCUGGGAAGCACGAAAGUCGAUCGAUUAUGUGGAGUACAUAUUGCACUCCAGUAGCAGCAGCAGUGGCGAAGAGGAGGGCCGCGACGACACAAACACCUCCUCCCUGACCGCAGCGGCAGAGUACUUUGCAAUUGACACACCAUCAGUGAGUAAGCAAGGACAUCCCACACGAGGGCAGAAUGCGACGUCGAGUGGGCACGGUAAAGAUCAGCAGAAGAACAGCGGCAAUAGAAUAGACGAGGUAGUACGUCAAGAAGUAGGAAAAGAACGACGUGAAGCACUUCCACAGCCAAUGCAAGACCACGAAGAUAAUCGGACUUUCAUAUUCGAAGAUAGUCAAGAGGACAUUGAUCAGCAGCGGAUGAUCAUCACGGAAGAACACGAUAUAGAUGUCACGCAAUUCCUCGACCACCAACACCUACCUUUUUUCUCUCCCAUGGAACCACGAGAUGCAGAAGCGACCCUACUUCUCGGUAGCACUGGGGAGGCAUCCUAAGGAGGUCAUACAACGCUUCUUCAGGAAUGAUUAAGCUCCAGCGUGGAGCAGAUUCCUGCUUUUUCUGGGAGAGAUGAAUUGGACGAGCUAAAACGAGAACAAAUAAGUAAAAGGAAAUUCAAAUACUUGAACUUCUAUUUUUGAGAACUUGAUCAUACUUCAAGGUAAACUCAAAGACUACGAAUACGGUCUUAACAUUCUAGAGUUGUAGAACGUCGACGUGGAAAUAUUGAUGUCUAUGUAUGUCAUUGAAUUUGAAUGUGCUGCGUUGUUGCAUCAAAGAGACGAGCUACACGCCAACUACCGUCUGCACAGAAAACGUAGGGGCUAGAACAGAAACGUAAAUAGAAAACCUUUCACAUAUUUUUCAUUUGGAUAGGUGACUCAUGCUCAUCGGUAAACUCUCGACACAGGCCAACCAUAAUGGAUGCGGAGCUCAAUCACAUUUAUCUAUCAGAGACUACUAGCACUACAAGAUGAUGACCCUAUUACAAUGUCAUAAAAACGCCAUGCGAAAAGCGCGACAAGCUAUAAUUCUAAUGAUGAAUAUGAUUUUAAGCCAUUCUAUUUCUAGAAGCAAGAUUCUCCGUGAGCGUAAUAAUUCCAUGACCAUAAAGCUUCUGGAUCAAUCCCCGCUUAUUUAUAUAUCAGAUGUAAAGACACCCGUUUCCGCUACUGGUAGUAACGGUACUAGUAAGCGCGUUUAUUUCCACAUCCACGACCACGACCAAGUCCACAACCUUUAUAAAAUAUUACAGAAGGUGGAGGUGCACGUGCAGAUGAAGGCCUGAGAGU